UCAGCAGCCCCCUCCUUCCAUCCAACUCCCAUCCAGCUGCGGGAGCAGAGCAGGACUGGACUAAACUGCACAAAGGAGAGGAGAGGCGAGCAGAGAGGAGGGCUUGAAAAGUCUUCAGACGUCGUCUCUCUCAAAUCGUCUGACUCAACUUUUCCCUCCAUCUACACAAAGCCAGGGAAUUACCCUUCUUCUGAGCUCCUCAUAAGUACACCAUGCACUUCUCCACGGUCCUCUGCUGGGUCAGUUUGACCAUCACAUUAUACUGCAGCUGCCAGAUUGAGGCCACCCCUCUGGCCUUCAACAUCUCAGCAGAAGGCAGCGGCGAAACGGACGAGAUUGAAAUGAUCCCCACGUCGGCCCGUGGUGCCCGCAUCCCACCUCUGGCCGCCCCCACAGUCGGAGCAGCGCUAGACAAGACCCAGGUUGAGCCCUUCCACAUGGGCCAGGUGGUGGACUUCCUCCGGGAGAACCUCUUCCCCAUCCUGGUCAUCUCCUCAUUGCUAGUCCUAGUGCUGGUUAUCAUCAGCUGUGCGUCCAUCCUCAGCCACAAGCGCAAGGUGAGCGCCUACUACCCCUGCUCCUUCCCCAGCAAGAUGUACGUGGACCAGAGUGACAAGUCCGGCGGCGCUAAGAUCUUCAGCGAGGUCCCGGAGAAGGAGGCCACCGGCGGUCAACAGGGGGAGCCGGCGAGGGACUCGGCCAGGCGGCUGCAGGAAGACAUCCUGAUGAUCACCAAGAACCUCCGCAGCCCCUCCAAAGGCGUGCGAAGUGACAAGGAGGCCAAGGGGGGGUCCGCACCAAAGCUGGACGAAGCUGACAAAAGCACCAAAAAUGAGGACGCAACCCAAGUAGCUGCCUCAAGCCCAUCGGGACAAGAGACCAAUCCGAGCCAACCAGCGAGUGUCGCACCUCAGAAGGAGGAAGAGGACGAUGACGUCAAUCAGCCCCCAGCUCUUUCACCCGAAACUCACACAGGAAAACUUAAAGGCUUGGAGGAGGAAGGGCUUCCUAAAGAGGGUGACACUUCACCUGGACCGCAAAGCUCCGAGGGCCCACAGGAAACGGAGGAGACACAGGAAACUGACUCUCCAGCCACAGCUCUCCUUGCUGGAGAGAAAACAGCAUUCUAAAGCAACAAAAACAGACUCUGUUUACUAUCUACAGGGAAAUGAGCGAGGCAGGCCUCCAUGGGCAGUGAGAAAACAUGGACUUUGCGUCGAGGCGGGCGUAAUCCUCCAGCAUUUUGAGGGGGGGAAAUGUAAAUCCUAUUCUACAAAGUGUGCUGCAAGUAUGGGUCAGCAAAGGUAAAGCAGUGUGUCAGAGUAAGAAGGAAUCAAGCCAAGCUGAUGAAAGUAAAAUUAAAAACACAGACUUUAACUUUGACACACAGACUUUGACUUUGUACAUUAAAAAAAUGAAUAAAAUAACUGACAUCUCACAACAAAAUGUGAGGAAGACCUUGUUAUCUUUCACAUUGUAUGGUGAUAUUACAAAUGUGGCUUAAAGUGGGGGUGGGUAAAGAUUGUGAGGGAUAAGAUAACUUCCAUUUUUGUCGUCAGUUAGUGUUUCUAGUGGAAAAAAAACACCCACAUACUUAAGUGCAAAGGGGCCAGACCAAGGGUGAUGAGGCUGUUUGUGUGUGUGUGUGUGUGUGUGGGUGGAGUGUCUCCAGGUCUGACUGUUCACCGCCUCUGGCCCUUGUGAGGAUCUUGUCAUAUCAUAAAUCAGGAGCACGGCAGUCAGAAUGGCACACAAGCAGAGCACCUAAUUAGGUCAUGCCUGAUUCCCAAUCCAAAACAGAAAUGAAAGCAGAUAUGAUGUGGGGAGACCAGACCUAGCACAGGACAGACUGAGUGAUCCCAGCUAUCCCUAUGUCACAAAUGUCAUACAAUUUAGUAUAGCCAUCUGCUGUAUCUCUGCAUUGCUUGCUUUCAACGCACCAUGAACGGGUACAGACAGGGCUGCUUGGAUUCUUCAGUUAGCUCUUGCUGACUAUAUCUGUUAUGAAGCAUUCUUCAUUAGGGGGUGCAAAGUAGAAUAUUCUACAUUAAUGAGGACCAGGUGACCCCAACCAGAUUCUACAUGUGAGCCUUAAAACCUGAAACUUGCCAUAAACUGAGCUCUGCUUUUGCAAAGAACAUUUAAGAGGAUUUGUUCAGAACACAAUCAUAUUCACUGAGCGAGCCUGUGUCCACCAUCAUAGCCUAUAUUUGCCAUCUCUUGUUUUUUUUGUUCACUUUCUAUUUAUCCUUCUAUUUAAGCCUGUUCAGAAGGUACUGCCAAUGAUUACUAUAUUUCAAACAAAUAAAAGUUUUGGACA